AUGGCGAGGGUGAAGAGGGCUCUGGUCCGCGACCCUCCUCCGACACAAGCAUCUGAAGCGACGCCGGCGCAACCGCCUAACCCACCACAGCCGGUGGCUACUGCCAUGCGUACACCUACCUCGCGAAGACAGCCGGUGAGGAAAGGGAAAAGAGUCCCCAUUCCAAAGAAGAAGAAGGGCGAGUCUUCCACUGUCCUUAUCGAUGAAGACGCACCAUCACCACCGCCGUCGCCGUCUCUGCCACUGCCGUCCACUACCGUCGUCGACGCUAUUCCACCAAAAGUGCCUAUCGCCGCUCCUCCUCUACAAAUGGUGCCAUCUUCGACCAUUAUUCCCUUUACCGACCAUCUCAAGAUAUGA